GGUGCUCAAGAACUCUCCGAGGUCCCCUACUCAUGCGCCUUCGCUACCGUUUUCGCGUGCACCUGCUGCACUACCCGCACCUCCAACUGCGCCGGCUGCCCAUGUGAGCUCGAAGCUCAAGGGAAGGAAGAGCGCAAACGUGAAGAAGCAGAGCCCGAGGCGUGUGCGGAGGUGAGGAGGGAAGCUGCUGAGCGUGGCAGGAGGGAGGUAGUGGAAGCCGAGCAAGCGCACGCUCGUGCUCAGGCUGCUUCAGCUCCGCCAGCCCCUGCACCGCCGUCUUCUUUGGAUCCGCCUACGCCUCCUGCGCCGGGGACCAACCCGGGAAAGACGAAUCCGUUCAGCAAUAUGAUGGCCAGCGGGUCUACAGCAUAUGUGUCUUCACCGCCUGCCGCGAACGGUGGUACGAAACCCUUCUUCAAGCGUCACCAAGCGGGCGCUGCCCUAUCGCCUUCACCGGCACCACUUGCACCUCCAGUCGCUAUCCCUCCUCCCUGUGCGUCGUCUGCACAGGUCCGCCCCCGCAAGCUUGUACAAUGUUGGCGUGACAGUUCAGACGGCAAGAUCAGCGGUGACUGCGAUACGGGCGCUAAGAUCGCUCAGCAGCUCUUCGGAAGCAUUCUUCCGACUCGUCGCCUGCUCCUGGUUCGCGACCGACAUCUGCGGCCGGUGUAUCGAGUACUCCUACCCCUACGUCUGCGUCGUUUGCGCCAGCCCCGGCUCCUCCGGUGCCUCCCGCUGCACUUCGCACCGCCUCGUGCUCCUGGUACACUCGCGGCCCAGCCGCCGCCUGCCGUGGCGCCUAGAGAGCGUGGCGCACUGCUCUCUACUAUUCAGGGUCACGAACGACCGCAGCGCUGCCCCGUCGGCGGACGCGUCAUCGGCGACUCGGCGAUUUCUGCUCACAUCAAGGCGGCACCUGUCGAACGCGCACCAUCCCCUUCGCAUAAGCAUCCCCCUCCUCCGCCGCCACCUGCCCCUGCGGGGCCGGGCUAUGAUGCAAACCGGGUUGGGAACAGGCAAAGCUUAAAUCGGUACGCCGAUCUCGCGGUCGACCAAGGUGUUGUGAGCAGGGAGCCGAGUGGGCUGAAAGCGCCGAGGGAGGAAGAUGGAGAUGAGGCGGCUACACAGGCGAAUGGUGAUGAUCCCGAGAUUGAAGCGCAUGAGAGCGCGACUUCCGGCGAAAAUGUCGUGCUUACCGCGCAGGUCAGGCGGCGAGUGGUGGUGCGGUACCUCGGUCGGUGGAAGGCGGAGCAGGGUAACGUCGUGUUCAUCGCCCACCCUCGCGUCUGA